AUGGUUCCGGCUGUGUCGAACAACAUCUUCUCGCAUGGGCCCAUUGCAGACGUCGAACGAGCCAUUGAACAAGUACUGAGCCGGCAAGAUGUCGACACCAUCGUAUCACUUGGUGGAGGCUCGCCAAUCGACACCGCCAAAGUGAUUUCACUUCGAGCCAAGGAGCACAAAGGAUCAUUCCUCACUCAUCUAACAAUUCCAACCACGUUGAGUGCAGCAGAGUGCACAGCAGGUGGUGGAUACACCAAGGCUGAUGGUGUCAAAGUCGGCUUUCGCGCACCAGAAAUGGGCGUCUCAGCCAUCUUCUACGACCCACAGUAUGCACGCCAUACGCCCAAACAACUGUGGUUGAGCACCGGAAUGCGCGCCAUGGACCAUGCUGUCGAAUGCAUGUACCACCCUACCUCCACGGAAAUGCCCUGGAAAGCUCUGUCAAUUUGGGCGGUGGGUGAGCUCUUCGAGUGUCUGCGAAAGUGCCAGCAAUCGUACCCUUCCGAUGAUGUCGUCACGACUCGUCUCAUGCUCGCGGCAUACGCGAGUUCAGGGUUGAAAGGCGAAAACCUCGUUGGAGGUAUGGGCCUUUCACAUAGCUUGGGCCAUGCGCUGGGAAGCCCGUAUGGAAUAGCUCACGGUAUCACCUCGUGCAUGACUCUUGGAAAGGUGGUCAAGUUGAAGGCUCAUGAGUCGCUGUGGGCAGCGAAACAGAUCUCUCGCCUCUUACAGGCGGCUGGCGGAUGCCCGACCGGCGACGAUGUCCACGACGCCUCGGAAGUCGGCGAUCGCAUCAUCGCUCUGGUGCAUUCUCUUGAGCUCGAAGUACCGACUCUGUCUGCUCGAGGUGUUAGUAAAGAUGAGAUAUCUACGAUCGCGCAGAGAGCUCUUGGAGGGGUCAGGGAAGGACCAUUGUUUGAUCGUGUGCGGGAGUUGGUGUGGACCUUGUUUUAG